UCUGCCAUAGACAAAACUUUGGAUAUUUUGCGCAAGCAACGCCGCAGCUUUGCUCAGCGUCCCGCCUCAGCCCAGGCACAAAGUUUACGAGAAGAUAUCCGCAAAAAUCUGGAACGUGAAGUGAAGUUUCGCCUGCAAGCACGCAAUAAAGAAGCUGCCAUCUCUUCCUUGGUGCAAGCUGCAAGUUUAGAUGUGCCCAAAAGUUUGGUGGCCCAAGAAGAAAAGCGCUUAGAGCAAGCUAUGCGCCAAAACCUUAAGCAACGCGGCAUGAAAGACGCUGAAACUGUGAAUAUCCCUACAGACUUGUUUGCUGAGCAAGCUCUAAAGAAUGUACGCACUGGUUUGGUAGUUUAUGGCUUGGUAGAUGAGCAAAAACUGCAAGCCAAGCCUGAGCAAGUACAGGCGCAUAUUGAAGAAAUCGCUUCGAGCUAUGAAAAGCCCAUUGAAGUAAUACGU